UUCUAGUGACUGGAUCCUUUCCAGCUGGUGCCUGGGAAAUGGCAGCCACUACUAAUUCAGCCUUGAAGACAGUACCAUGCCCACUCAGCACCAUUAUGUAGAAGAUAGAACUCAAGAGGAGCCGCCCUGCCUGGAGCUAGCCUGGGGGAGAGCCAGGGUCCCCCAACCCCUGGGAUGACCGUGGCCAGCCGGGCCAACCCCUACAGCAUCGUGUCAUCGGAGGAGGACGGGCUGCACCUGGUCACCAUGUCGGGCGCCAAUGGCUUCGGCAACGGCAAGGUGCACACGCGGCGCAGGUGCCACAACCGCUUCAUGAAGAAGAAUGGCCAGUGCAACACUGAGUUCGCCAACAUAGACAAGAAGCCACAGUGCUACCUGGCUGACAUGUUCACCACCUGUGUGGACAUCCGCUGGCGUUACAUGCUGCUCAUCUUCUCACUGGCCUUCCUUGUCUCCUGGCUGCUGUUUGGUGUCAUCUUCUGGGUCAUUGCGGUGGCACACGGUGACCUGGAGCCGGCUGAGGGCCUCAGCUGCACACCCUGUGUGAUGCAGGUGCACGGCUUCAUGGCGGCCUUCCUCUUCUCCAUCAAGAUGCAGACCACCAUCGGCUAUGGGCUGCGCUGUGUGACGGAGGAGUGCCCGGUGGUGGCCGUCUUCAUGGCGGUGGCCCAGUCCAUCGUGAGCUGCAUCAUCGACUCCUUCAUGAUUGGUGCCAUCAUGGCCAAGAUGGCAAGGCCCAAGAAGCGGGUACAGAUGCUGCUGUUCAGCCACAACGCCGUGGUGGCCCUGCGUGAUGGCAAGCUCUGCCUCAUGUGGCGUGUGGGCAACCUGCGCAAGAGCCACAUUGUGGAGGCCCAUGUGGGCGUGCAGCUCAUCAAGCCGCGGGUCACCGAGGAGGGCAACUACAUCCCGCUAGACCAGAUCGACAUAGAUGUGGGCUUUGACAAGGACCUGGACCACAUCUUUCUGGUGUCACCCAUCACCAUCCUGCACGAGAUUGACGAGGCCAGCCCGCUCUUCGGCAUCAGCCGGCAGGACCUGCAGAUGGGCGACUUUGAGAUCGUGGUCAUCCUGGAAGGCAUGGUGGAGGCCACAGCCAUGACCACCCAGGCCCGCAGCUCCUACCUGGCCAAUGAGAUCCUGUGGGGUCACCGCUUUGAGCCCGUGCUCUUCGAGAAGAACCAGUACAAGAUCGACUACUCGCACUUCUACAAGACCUAUGAGGUGCCCUCUACACCCCGCUGCAGCGCAAAGGAUCUGGUGGAGAACAAGUUCCUGCUGCCCAGCGCCAACUCCUUCUGCUACAAGAACGAGCUGGCCUUCCUGAGCCGUGAUGAGGAGGAUGAGGCGGACGGAGACCAGGACAGCCAAAGCCGGGACGGCCUCAGCCCCCAGGCCAGGCAUGACUUUGACAGACUCCAGGCUGGCGGCGGGGUCCUGGAGCAGCGGCGCUACAGACGGGAGUCAGAGAUCUAAGCCAACCUUGGCAGACAUGCAGCAUCCACCCCGGGCCGGGGAGAGGCCCCGCGGUUGCUCAGGGGCCCCGGGUUUGAGCAGAACGGGCCCAGUGCCCUGCCGUUGCAGACUCAGUAGCGUUUUAGUUGUUUUAUGUUUCUUUGCAACGGCCUCAGAAGGUUGGCCGGAGAGGGGGCAGCCAGAGCGGCAGCCCCCGGCCUCAGAGGCUAUCACAGGCUCAGGGCAAAGAAGUGGCCUCCUGCGGGGCCAGGCCACGGGGGCCAGGGCUUCUGCCUGAAGAUGGAGCUGCAGCCUGCGGGGAAGCAGCUCAGCUUGAUGGUGGGUCCAGCCUCUGCUGUCCAAGGCUGGCUAGCUGCGGUGCUCCUUGCUGGUUUUUAACAUGGGGAGAAACACCGGGUUUCAGCUUUCUCGACCUUAGCUUGGGUGAGACUGUUUACAAAAAAAAAAAAAUUACCAUGCAAUUGAAAAAAAUUAUUUUAAUUCAUAGGGGGCAAAAAGAACAAUUAGAAUUCCAUGGGUCUACCGGGAUGCAGCAGCUGGCUGGAGGCUCCAGAGGGUUCCCCGAGGUGGGACCGGCCUCUCCCCGUGUGUGUGGGCACUGCAGUCCCUGGGCAAGUAGGGUGUUCUGGGACCGCACUUUGUCGAGCUCAUGAGCCAGCUAGGCUCUGUUUGUGAUAGAAAAAUCAAGACCAUGUUAAUGAUCUUAAUAAAAGCUUUCUGCUGUCUUUGGGGUGCUGGGUGGGUCUGGGAAGAAACUGGUUUGAGCUUUUAGAGUUUGCCUUUGUACCUUAGAGAUGUGUCUCAGGGCCAGGCAUGGGACUUGCCAUCGAGGGUUCCUCCUCCCACCCUCAAUUUUCCUGUUUUGCUUCUCUCUCCAUUUCUGUCCAGGCCUCCGCCCCUUCCACAGUGAGGGGUGGUUAGGAGCCAUAGGCUGGGAUGGCUCCUUGGGAAGAGAAGUCAGGAUCCCAGGCUAGGAGGAAGCUGGCAGCCCGGUCCCCACUGGGCCUACAGUGUGAGUCGUGCGUUAGAGACUCCGUGUUAUCCUGUUAUUUCUGGGAUCGAUCAUCUCCCCCCAAGUCUGUCCCACCCCACCUCGCCCAUACCUCCACUGCUGAAGUUCCUCCAGCCCCUCUGUCUGCCUUGUGAAGGUGGCAGGGGCCAGGUCUGCCUGACAUAGGACCACAUCCUGUCCCUCCCUCACCUGGAGCAGCACAGCGGAGUUCAGGCAGGGCACAGCCAGGCCCUGGUGAGCGCUGAAUGGCAGAGGAAAGAUCUUAGGAAAGGAGAGGAAUCACCACCCCCUCCUGCCAACUGGGAUGACCGGAAGUGAGCGUGUGCAUCUGGCUCGUGUGUAGGAGGCUGUGUGUGUGCCCAUGUGAACCCAUGUACUUGAGUGUGUGUCUGUGUGCAGCCUAUGCCUGCUGCUCAGAGCACGGUGGCCACCCCCUGAGCCUCUGCUGGUGCUGUGCUGCCCAGUCCCCACCCAGAGGGUCCUGGGGGGUGGGGAGGAGCCACUGUUGGGAGGCCCCUGUAUAGGGUGUCUGCCCUGCGUGAGGUCAUAGAAUGUCAAAUUAUUUUAAAUGGUGAAACUGGAGAAUUUUCAUGUUAUUUUCAAUACAUAGCAGUAUCUAAAGACGUAGGCGAUGAGACUAGACCACAUUAAAUGCAUUUUGAUCUCUUUGA